AUGGAGGCGUUAUCCCCUAGGGAUGCGAACGCCCAGCGGGCCCCUCGAGCACACGAACUCAAGACCAAAGCCGCCGCUCAGUUGAAGUCCUCGAGGGACAAGGAGCACCCGCCCCCGCCUCCGAACAAUGUUGUCGAACCACCGAGCUCCGACCGCAAAGAUGGCACGGUGUACCAAGUUGGCAAGUUGCUCGGCAAGGGUGGGUUUGCGAUUUGCUAUGAGGGCAGAGCAGCCGGGGCAUCAAAGCGCAUCGCCUUGAAGAUUGUCAAGAGCAAGAUGCCGACGAAGAUGGAGCAAAAGUUCCAAACUGAGUUGCAAAUCCACUCCAAGAUGCGCCAUCAAAACAUCGUUCAGUUCCACCGAGCUUUCACUUUCGAGAACUGCACCUAUCUCGUCUUGGAACUUUGCCCCAAUGGCUCUCUCAUGGACAUGGUCAAGCGCCGUAAGGGUCUUACCGAGCCCGAAGUCCGAUUCUACACCGUUCAGAUCGCGGGCGCCAUCAAGUACAUGCACGCCAAGGGCAUCAUCCACCGCGAUCUCAAGAUGGGCAACAUCUUCCUGGACAAGCACAUGAACGCCAAAAUUGGUGACUUUGGGCUGGCAGCUUUGCUUCUCAACGGCAAGGACAUGCAGGUCAUGCGGCGGACGACACUGUGCGGAACGCCCAACUACAUUGCUCCUGAGAUUCUGGAAAAGGGGAGGAAAGGUCACGACCACAUGGUGGACAUCUGGAGCCUGGGUAUCAUUGUGUUUGCCAUGCUUACAUCAAAACCACCCUUCCAAUCUGCGACGACCGACGAGAUAUAUCGUCGGGCCAAAGACCGAGACUACGAAUGGCCGUCGUCCGAGUCGAAGACCAUCAGCCAGGAGGCCAAAGAUCUCGUUGCGACUAUGCUUCAAGACGCCGAUAUGCGCCCCGAUCCUGAUACGAUUGUUUCCCACCCAUUCUUCACAUCCGGUUAUAUGCCCGUCGGUUCCGACAUCAAUGUCAAGUUGCGAGAAGGAGCGCCUGAGAAGCCGGCGUUCUACGAGCCCUUAACGCCCCAGACGGAACCCGCCAACCUUCGGAACGUCCAGGAGUUGGCGCACGAGUGCGGUGUUGGGUUGUGGAACAAGUCACAACUGGUGUUCAGGAACAUUUGGAGGGAGAUGGCUGAGGAGGAGCAAAACGGCUUGACCCCAGUUAUUCCAUUAGCCGAAGGGAUUGUCUACCGGCCCUUUGACGAGAUCAAGAACGAGCAAAAGCUGCAGGCGCGGUUGUCUGCUCAGGAUCCGGUGAAAAAGGCAUCGCAGCCGUCAGAAACGGCGCACGAGUCCAAAAACGGCAGGGAAGCUGCGGAGCCUCAGCGAGUGUCAUCCGGGCUGUUGCGAGCGCCGCCUCAGAGCUUUGCGGCCCAACAACGGGCCCAACAUAAACCCUCUUCUACGGCCGGAACCACACGAACGAAACUGGUCACAGAGCUAGCCCUGAAAACGGUCGCUCUGCGGCCCCGAGCAGCGGAAGAGAGCCCCGCGCUCGCGGACCAGCAACCUUCGGAAGAACCGGCCCCUGUCACACGGGCAUCCACCCGCAGCCUUCGGAGCCAGGCUGCUUCCCUUAGAAACCCGCCGGCCGCGGCAUCGGACGAGCAGGUUUCCUCAGUGCGCCGUUCAGGUUCGGCAAGGGGAAAGCGCCAAGAAGAAAGGCUCUCUCUCUUCAGCCCAUCCGAGUAUCAAGAAACCGUCCCCGGGACCGAGCCCACAGUGGUGUCGCGGGGACUCGAGGGCAUGUUAAGCGAGCUUAACCGGGCAUUGAAAGCCCGCACCACGGUCGGAAUCUCCUCACGCGACAAGGCGCGGCCUCUACCGCACAUUGUGGUCAAGUGGGUGGACUACACCAACAAAUUCGGUCUAGGCUACGUCCUCAACGACGGCAGUGUCGGGUGCGUUCUCCGCAGUAUCCCGUCUCCCGACAGCCCGACACCCGGCGUGUUGCCCCCAGCUUGCCUGCUCGUACACGACGCCGAGCGGCAUUGUAUGCGCAAGGAGGACCCCAGCUACACCGCUCGGCACCAGAUCGUGCCGAUGAAGGAGGGCAUUUACUUUUACGAAAACAACGGCGAGUCAGGCAUCACGCGGGUCCGUGUCUCGCCUGAGAACUUUGUACUCCCCGUCAACCCGGACGGUACCCUGGGGAAGCUGUCGGCGGGCCGUGAUAUCUACGACCACCGCAAGCGCGAGCGCAUCGUGCUCUGGAAGAAGUUUGCCAACUACAUGAUCGCCUACGGCCGCGAGAUGGACAGCCCAACAACGUCCCAGUCCUCCUCAACCACCCCAACUAACCCACAAGCCGUUGCGGAAGACGCCGCUGAGGACGCCGCGAUCCGUUCACCCACCAUCACCGACCCAACGGCGGCCCCUGUCGACGUAGUCACCUUCUACCAACGCUUCGGCGACGUCGGCUGCUGGCGAUUCGCCGACGGACACAUGCAGUUCAACUUCCCCGACCACACCAAGAUUGUCCUCGACGCGGCCGGCGAGUGGUGCCACUUCUGGCACCUACCCCAGGACGCCGCCCGCCGUCUCGAAGAGUCCGGCUCCCUCGCCGAAUCCGCCCUCGACGACCGCGCCGUUCUGUCCUACCCAGUCCAAACCCUCCUCAACUUCGCCCGACCCCUCACCGGCACCGCCGCGACUGGCACCGACCCCCGAUACGGUCCCGACGGAGUCCCCUUGCCCGGCUACCGCCUCCGCCCUCGCAUCCCCGUCGAAAUCCAGGGUAUCCCAGCCGCCAACCAGUUCCGUCUCAAGAUCGAGUUCAUUCGGGACGUUGUCCGCGAGUGGAUCACCUGUGGCGGGCUAGGCAACGGUGACCUGAGCCGUGAGGGACGGAUGCGCUGGACGGGCAUGCGCGAGACAAAGGGCGUGCCGAUCCCGGCGAAGCAUGUGUGGGUGUCGAUUGGUGCGAGGGGUGGUGAUGAGAGGUUGGCGGCUAUGGUGGAUCCAAGACGACCGAAUGUGAUUGGGGAGGAUGUGGAAGAGAAAAGGAAGUGA